UCAAAGAGUAAAAUAAUUUAAUUUUAGUUGUGAUUUCAGUGAAAAAUAUCAAAAUAGUGAAAAAGUAAAUUUAUAAUUAUUAAUGUUUUAGCUUAGUUAUACAAAGAUAUGUUUUCUGAAUUUAAAAUAGUUUAUUAAGAAGAAGAAAUAUUAUUAGAAAGAUUUUCCACAUUAAUUAUAACUUCAUGGAUUUUGAAUUAUUGAUAGAAUCACAUAAGAAAUUAAUAAAAAUAUGAUCAGUCAAGAGUGAUCAUAGACAAGAAAGACAUCUUUUACAACCAAAAAAGAAAGAUCAUAGACAAAAUAUUAUUUCAAGAUGGAAGACCAAGUCAAAUCUUCAGGAUCACUAUUCCUUGUUGUUCCUAAAGUAGAAAGACUUGACGAAGUAGAAAUCUCACUUGAUACCGACAGAAGCAUUCCUACAGAAGAGUCUACUAUUACAUUAAAUAAUGAAGUCAAUGCUGCAGUGACAGUGGGUGCAACGACUGCAGUGACAGUGGGUGACGUCACACAGAGCCAGCUGUCACCGGUUGAGACGUCAGCUUCCACUCAAUAUGCCAUUGUGUUCAUCAAAUGUGAGCCAUGUGAAGAGAAAGUCUCUGAAGACAUUGCCCCAGUACCUGACACCUCGUCGAAAGAGUUGCAAAUCCCCAAACAGAAGAAAGAAUACAAGUGCAAUGUUUGUGCAAAAUCGUGCAAAAGCAACAGUGCACACAUUGUGCACAUGCGUACACACACGGGCGAGAGACCGUUCGCCUGCGACACGUGUCCGGCGAAGUUCUCCAGGAAAUACAACUACAUUGUCCAUUCACGCGCACACCGAGGGAGCAAACCGUUCGUUUGCGACACUUGUGCUGAAAAGUUUACCGAUAGCGUCAGUUUUUCGAGCCAUUUGAAGACGCACAAAUCCAAAACGUCCUUUGUUUUCGGCUGCGACUGGUGUGACGCGAAGUUUCCAUUCCAAAGUCAACUGACAGCUCACGUCAGAACGCACACGGGCGAAAAGCCGUACGCGUGCGACGUUUGCCAUUCCAAAUUCAAAUUGAAAGGUCAAUUGAAGACCCACUUCCGGUCGCAUACCGGCGAAACGCCGUAUUCUUGUGAUUUUUGUGAUAAUAAAUUCAAAUAUAAAGCCCAUUUGACCAUACACCACAGAACACACACGGGAGAGAGGCCAUUUUCAUGUACUGUGUGUCAAGCCAGUUUUAUACAGAAAUCCAAUUUGACUACCCACAUGAAAGUGCAUACGGGGGAGAAAAAUCUCUCUUGUGACAUGUGCGAGGCGAAGUUUCGGGAGAAGUGGAAUCUGUUGAGGCAUUUGAGAAUGCACUCCCGGGAGAAGCCAUUUUGUUGCGAAAUAUGCAAAGGUCGGUUCCCACAUAAACGCAGUCUGUCGACUCAUAUGAGGGUACACAACGUCGUCAGGGGUCUGAGAAUUACUCGUAAGUCACAGCCAACAUAUGCUCAAGUACAGAAGAUUCACUCCGCAACGCCAUUAAAAUAAAUAGCGACUCUCUCUACGACUCAAUUAGGGAUGAUGACAGUUUUUGAAAUUGUAUAUAAAUUAAGAGUAUGCUAAUAGUAAAGCAAUUUUGUAAAAGUAACAGGGUAUCUGCGAUCAUUACUUUCGGAGCUACAGGGAUUUAAAGGGUCAGAUUUGCGAUCCCUGAAAAACGCUCCAUACAAAAUGGUGUGAAUUAAUGACGUCGUAGGUACAUUAUGAUCGUUAGAUUUGUAUGGGCGUUUAAACAAAAUUACUAAUAUCUUUGUUAUUUGUGCGUUUAUGUGUAUAGUUGAACUAUUAAAAAAUGUCACAUUUACUGUAAGGAUGGUAAAACUGUAUGAAUUUUCAUCAAAUUACGAUAAAAAAAAAUUAAUAGAUUUUGAAAUUUUAUAAUCUCAUUUAUUUUGCAAAUAUUCAGUCAAUCUUUGCUUUUUAUGUAUAAAUUAGUUAACAUUGACCUUAUUUACCCGAAUGUAUCAUAAAAAUCAAUAUAUUCAAACCUAGUCAUCAUCCCCAUUCAGUUCGAACACAAUUAUUAGCGAACUGUUUUAUUUACCUACAGUUUAUAUUUUUAUUACAUCUGCUCAAACAACGUGAGGGUUGUCUUCAAAUAAAAAAUACUUAAAAUAAAAAAGUAGUGCGUUCGUCAUUAAUUGGACUAACAAUACAUCAACACAACUUUUUACAUAUUUAACCACAUUACGUAAUGCAAAAAAGUUUGAAAUAUUUUACACUGUUUGCCCUAUGAUAGGUACUCUACGAAGAUGUGUCUACAACAUACGUAACUAAGUAUAUUGUAUAUGAAACUAAACUUCUUUAAGAAUAAGUAUACUUAAUAUAAGAAUGAUUGGUCCUAGCCUAGACUACGAGUAUACGGGAAGGUAUAAAUAACUAUACAAUACAAAUAGGCGUUAAAACAUUCCUACUAGUGAUGGGCCGAGUACUCGGUUGAUACUCGGUACUCGGCGUAUUAGUCGGAUUUUAUGAUACUCGUACUCGGCCGAAUAACUCGGUCGGUGAAUGCCAAGUAUAUUUUGUUAGUAUACUAACAAAGUAUAGUUUAUCACCUUAGUUAAGAAGAGCAACUGUAGAGUUUCUCGCCCUCUUUUCUCAACAGGAGACUGCGCCUUCCGAGCUGGGUGGUAGUCACUGCAAAUAGUCAAAGUCAACCUUUCAUAAGUGCUUGUAAACUAAGCCUACUUGAUAUAAACAAUUUUGAAUUGAAUUAAUACUUGUUUACGCGCGCGAAAUGGGAAUUCGAUUGAACCGAGUUACUCGGCCGAGUACUCGGUUGUAAAAUAAUUGAACCGAGUAAAACUCGGUACUCGUUACUUGCCAAAAUUGUUACUCGGAGCAUUUCUAAUUCCUACCUACCUAUACUGUAUAUAAUGUAUAUAAACUUACAUUAAUAGGUAUAUUAAUAACUUUAUAAACGAAAAUUGGUUGGGAGGUAGCUAAGUAUCUAACUAUACCAUAAUAAUAAUAAUAAUGUAUAAUAAUAAUAAUAAUUUGAUGUAGACAAGUGUGCGGUCAUCAAUGUAGAGCGAGGAAGGAUAGUGAGCUCCGAGAAUAUAGUUAUUUCAGAAACUAUCAUUCUCAGAUCACUCCUUGAAGGCGAGACCUAUAAAUACCUUGGAAUGACAGAAGCACUUGGUAUUGAGACAGGGAAUAUGAAACAGGUAGUGAAGGAUCGCUUCUUUGGCCGCCUGAAAAAAGUCCUCAAAAGUCUUUUAUCAGGCGGUAACAAGGUGCGUGCCUUCAAUAGCUGGGUCAUGCCCUUACUCAUAUACACUUUUGGCAUUCUAAAGUGGACUCAAACCGAACUGGAUUCCCUGGACUGUAAAGUCCGCAAACUGCUGACGUCAUACCGGAUGCAUCACCCCCGUUCAUCUGUAAUGAGAUUGUACAUCCCACGCAAGUGUGGAGGACGUGGCUUCUUAAACGCCAAGAACCUCCAUAAUCGUGAGGUGUGCAAUCUCAGAGAUCAUUUUCUCAAGAUGAAUGUGAGUAUGUUUCAGGAUGUCGUUGCAGUGGAUAAGGGACUUACCCCGCUAUCCCUAGGCAAAGAGAACUGGCGCAAGCCUAUAGUAAUUAGUAACUCAGAUCGUGUGGCAAUAUGGAAGAGCAAGGAGUUGCAUGGACGAUUCUACAAGGCCCUUACUGGGCCGGAUGUAGAUCAAAUAACAUCUGUAUCUUGGUUGCAAUUCGGUGACCUCUUUGGGGAAACCGAGGGUUUUGUCUGUGCAAUUAUGGACGAAGUUAUAAAGACGAGAAACUACCGGAAACACAUUAUGAAAGAUGGCACUCUAGACAUCUGUCGAGCGUGUCAUCGUCCUGGGGAGUCCCUCAGGCAUAUUGUGUCCGGGUGUUCUCACCUUGCUAACGGCGAAUACUUGCACAGACAUAAUCAAGUAGCCAAGAUAAUCCACCAACAGCUUGCUCUUCAAUAUGACCUUAUCGAUUUUGAGAUGCCUUACUAUAGGUACGACCCAGCGUCAGUUCUUGAAAAUAGCAGUGCAUUGCUCUACUGGGACCGAACGAUUAUCACUGACAGGUAUAUUGUAGCCAAUAGACCUGAUAUAGUGCUAGUCGAUCGGUCAGUGCGUCGUGCAAUAAUUGUUGAUAUUACAGUUCCACAUGACGAUAAUCUGGUUAAAGCCGAAAAGGAAAAAGUAUCAAAAUACUUGGACCUUGCUCACGAGAUUACCGCCAUGUGGAAUGUUGAGUCAACUAUUAUUGUUCCGAUAGUUGUUUCAGUCAAUGGUCUUAUAGCGAAAAGCUUCGACCAACACCUUAAGAAGCUUUCGCUUAACUGUUGGAUCAAGAGUCGGAUACAAAAGGCAGUGAUUCUUGAGACGGCGUGUAUUGUGAGGAGGUUCCUCACUCUGGAGCCCUGACCACCGGUUGCUUGGGCACUCAAAUGUCCCGCAGCGGGAGGGUGAAUUUUUUUUAUAAAUUUUUAAUAAUGUUUUGUAUUUUAUACUUAUAUUGUUAAAAAUUUAAAAAAAAAGAAGUAAUAAAUAAAUGAGAGAAAAAUAAUAAUGUAUUUAUUUGCUCUAAACAUGGGUUACAUUUGUUAUAAUAUUAAAUAUACAAUUAAUUAUUCGAUCCAAACAUGUCUUGCCUUUGCGUGCAAAAUAUUUAUGAAAUGUGUCAAUGGAACAAUACAAAUAAUAUAUUCUAACUACGUACUUGAACGUUAAUAACAUACCUAACAUAAACAAGAAAACCAAAGUAAUUAUUCGGUAGAUAUUAUUUAAGUAUCUAGUUAAAAUAUAUUUUUUUCAUUACCUUCCAACAUCCUUCGGAAGUUUGUCUCCGACCCUUAUUUAGACAGCCAAAUUCACAACAAUAUUUUUUCCCAUUAUUUUUUUUCUGGUUGAUAAUAUUAUGAGCGACAAACGGGCGAGGCACGUCGAGGCAGCGUGUGCAAAAAAUAUAUUUUUAUUUUAAAACAUUUUUUUCCAUUACCUUCCUACAUCCUUUGGAAGUUUGAAAAAUUUGAGUCUCCGAUCCUUAUUAUUAUUUAGACAGCCAAAUGCACAACAAUAUUUUUUGCCAUUAUUAUUUUUUUUGGUUAGUAAUAUUACGACGAACGGGCGUGGCACUUAGACCAUUAAUAAUGGUCUAAGGCGAGGCACGUCGCGCAGCGUGUGCAAAAGCGUCCGAUCCGAGCGGCGACAGUGACGACACUCGCCUGUUUAAGCAUAGAUUACAUAAUACAUUGAAUAUAGGGUAUGUUUAAGUCGCCCCAGGGUAACGCGACCAUGUACGUUUGCGCUAAAACACGGAGUGCGCCAGCCCUGAUUACGUGUUGAUGAAUAAAAAAUUAUUAUAAUGUACUCAUUCCUAAAAA